CCACGGGGUUGUGGUCAGGGGGGAUUCAUAGCUAGGGAUGGGGAGGACGGAUAUCGACCUGGACUCCACGCGUCGGGUCACAGUGCACACUGCACGACCCCAGCCAGGUUUGGGUGGGGUUGACACCGGGAGGGUUGCGUCGAGGGAGGUCAUGGCGGCAGUAUCUCAGCCACGAUAUGUUCGUGGGGGUGGAGAGGCCGGGUCAACCUUGCAGGCCGCUUUGGCAGCAGCAGCACAUGCUGUGCGUGACCAGACUCCACGCAGGAGCGGAGCAGCUCGUCCUCGUCCCAUGCCUGCGGCAGGGGGUGCCGCAUUGGGGGAGUCUUCUGGACCCGAGGGGUUGGGGAUGCUGCGCGGUUCACGUCGUGAGAAGACAGUCGCAAAGGUGACUCAGGUGAGUGCUAGGGUUGUUCGGGUGAGGACGGGGGUUGACCCUGUGACCGUUGUGGAGGAGGAUCCCGAGACGGAGCCGGCACGUGAGGAGGCCCCACAAGAGGAUGACGAGCACAUGGACGACGAGGAGAGUGAGGAGGAGGAGAGCGACAACUAGAGGACGACAACUAUGGCGACGACGACGAGCCCUCCCCUCCACCGCGGCGUGGUUCUGGUAGACGACGUGGCUGUAGCAGACGACA